CGGCAGACAUCUCUGGUUAGGUUAUUAAGCCAAUGCCAGUCCAUGUAUUAUAAGGUCCAUGAUAUGACUGGGUGGUUUACGUCUUUUACUUGUUAAACCAGAAGUCGGUUAUUGUGCUACGUCAGUUAAAAGGAUAUUAUCGGGAUUUAGUUCUCAUAAAUCAAACAUGAGCUUAAAGUCCAAUCCUCACAUCCAACAUGGUGGAUAUGAUUUUUUGUACCACCUGGGUAUAAAUACGAAAGACGUGGACAUAAAGAAAUUAUUUAAUGAUGUAAAAUUUGUCUGUCUUGGUGGAUCACAGUCACGAAUGUUUAAAUUUGUCCGAUAUAUUGGUGCACAGUUGAAUGUUAAAAUCGGUGAAAAUGAAGAACCGUUCAACUACGCAUAUAAAACAGAUCGAUAUUGCCUUUAUAAAGCUGGACCUGUUUUAUGUGCGAAUCAUGGUAUAGGAAUACCUUCUUUGUCUGUUGUGAUCAAUGAGAUUUUUAAACUAUUGUUUUAUGCCGAGUGCCAAGACGUGAUAUUUAUAAGAAUAGGAACAUCAGGAGGAUUAGGUAUAGACCCCGGGACCGUGGUUAUUACCACAAAUGUAUUGAAUGGAGAAUUAAAGCCCGUUCAUUGUACGACGACAUUAGGUCGACGAAUCGAACACCCAACAUAUGUAGAUCCUGAUCUUGCUAAAGAGUUAGCCAAUCUGUUUCCAGAUGAAAGUUUUGACACAGUCUUAGGAACGACUGUAUCAGUGGACAGUUUUUAUGAAGGUCAAGGGCGUAUCGAUGGUGCUUUGUGUGACUUUACAGACGAUGAUCGUGAAACAUUCCUUAAGACUCUCCAAGAAAAAGGCGUAAAAAAUAUAGAAAUGGAAUCCAUUGGUUUGUUUUCUUUUUGUCAUCGAGCCGGUUACAAAGCGGCUAUGAUAAGUGUUGUUCUGGUCAAUCGUUUAGUAUCUGAAGAACCAACAGAAGACGAUGAAGCUAGAAAAGUCUGGGAACAACGACCAUUUUCUAUCGCCUAUCGUUUUAUCAAAUCUCGACUAGAUAAAGCUCAAGGAAUUUCUUGAAAAUAACAAUAUACUGACGUUUUAA